AUGGACAAUUGGCAACGAUGUUUCUAUAGUCUAUUGGGAAUGAUAUUUGUGUUGACUUCCAUCUUUUUAUUUCUUUUAAUUAAACGACAUCGCGGUCAUGGAUAUUUCUUAUCGAAAUUCUCGGCUUUCACUCGUAUACGCUUUGAUCAUCUUGAACAACGACGACAAACAUACUGUCCAGCAGAUAAGACAUGCCAAUGCCAUCCAUCCAAUUCCGCAUCGAAUAUUCAACCGAAUUUCUUGUGUCCGCAUCGUUCACGAACACUUUACAUGAGUUUUGCCGGUGCAGCAAUGAUUGUAGGCGGUGUUCGAACGACUGAAUGGCGUGGGUCAAUGCAUCAACUACACAAUCAAUCAAAUGAUACUUUCGAUGCACUAUUCUUAACCGAUCCAGCACAAUGUUUCUACCUUCAGGAUCCCAAUUAUCAAUGGCAAGGCAUAAGUUAUUAUCGACAGCUUGUCGAAACUUAUAUGAAACUCUAUCAACGUGUGGUUCUAAUCGGUGCCAGUCUCGGAGGUAGUAUGGUUUGUAUGUGCGCUGAUUUAGCGACAGUCUCGAUUGCAUUUAAUCCAAUACUAGAUCCAAUACUAUUAGGUUUACCGUGGCGAAUCAUGGGUGCAUACUGUCCGGCGACACAAGCACGAAUUAUUCGUGAACGAGUUCAUAUGACAAUGGAGAAAAUUAAGAUGCAAGACACGAUGCAUAAUUGUGUGCUCCACAUUCAUUGGAGUCAAUUAUCAGCAGCUGAUCAACGUCAAGCUCAUCGUGUUGUCGGUGGUGGAAAGCAAAAGCAACCGCGACAAUCCGAAUGUCUGACAUCGGUUGCCGAUUUCGAUAUCAACAAUCAAGCAAUGAGUAGUCCAACGGGUGUUUAUGUUUGGUUCCAUCAAUGUACUCGACAUGCAUUAGCAAUGUUUUUAAAACGAUCGAACCUCUUAAUACCGCUAUUAAAACAUCAUUUACAAGUAGCAACAGACGAUAAAUCUGAGAAUAUUAGUUUCACUGAAGAACGAAAUUCUUCUAUUAUUGAAAUACCGAUGCUUGAAGAAAAGUCUAAUGAUCUCCGAGUGCCUCUGUUAUAG